AUGCAGACAUUGAAUCAAUCGAUUCAGCUUACAACUGCAUCAUAAGGAAGGAAUUCUAUCUUCGAAAAAAUUCUGCUCAGUUAUAACCUCAAAUUAUCUAUUUUAAGUGAUGAUAAAUAGAUGUUUUAGAAUAAAGUUUUUAGGUGUAAAACUCAAGCAAGCAAUAAAAAAGACAAUUACAUAAAUGCUGGCUUGUAAUUUAUUAUAAUUAGAUGUGGGCAAGCCUUGGAAGUUGAUGAAGAACAUUAAUCAAAUAAACCUUGGAUGAUUCAUGUUCUAUUGUCAUUUAACAGUUAUUAUUAACUAAAAGUUUGA